AUGCCUUCGGGUACUGGAAAGACUAUUUCGUUGUUGUCAAUAACAGUUGCAUACCAAAUGCAUUAUCCUGAGCAUAGGAAGGUUGUAUAUUGUUCCCGUACCAUGUCAGAGAUUGAAAAAGCGUUGAUUGAAUUACAUAAUUUAAUGAAGUUUAGAGCUGAGCAAUUGGGUUAUGUGGAAGAUUUCAGAGGGUUGGGUUUAACAAGUAGAAAAAAUUUGUGCUUGCAUCCUACUAUAUCGAAAGAACGUAAAGGGAUUGUGGUUGAUGAGAAAUGUAGAAGGAUUACAAAUGGACAGUUGAAACAAAAGAUCGAGAAUGGAUUAAUUAAUACAGAUCAGCAGGCACAAGAUUCAGAAGCUAGCGCAUUAUGCUCUUUCCAUGAGCUGUUGAAUGAAAUGGAUCAACAUAAUUUGAUUCCAGCGGGCGUUUAUUCUUUUGAUGGGUUGAUAAAUCACUGUAAAGAAGUUGGUACUUGUCCAUAUUUUACGGUAAGAAGAAUGAUACCAUUUUGUAAUAUUAUUAUUUAUUCAUAUCAUUAUUUGUUGGACCCGAAAAUUGCUGACCGUGUUUCGAAAGAGAUAUCCAAAGACAGUAUAAUUAUAUUUGAUGAAGCGCAUAAUAUCGAUAACGUCUGUAUAGAAUCCCUAUCCUUAGAUCUUACUGAUGAUACUCUUAAAAGAGCUACACGAGGUGCUAAUAAGUUGGGAGAUGCGGUAGAUGAUAUGAAGUCACAGGAUAGUGAGAAGCUACAGAAUGAAUAUGAAAAAUUAGUGGAGGGUUUGAGACAAGCCGAAAUAGCUCGUGAUGAAGAAUUAUUCAUGAGUAAUCCUACAUUACCACAAGAUUUAUUAGAUGAGGCAAUACCUGGUAAUAUAAGAAAAGCUGAACACUUCAUUUCAUUUUUGAAAAGAUUUAUUGAAUAUUUGAAAACUAGAAUGAAGGUUUUACACGUCAUUAGUGAAACUCCUAUAAGUUUCUUGCAACAUUUAAAAGACCUAACUUUUAUAGAUAGAAAGCCGUUGAAAUUCUGUUCUGAAAGAUUGUCACUUUUGGUGAGAACAUUGGAACUUUCAGAAAUUGAAGAUUUUACGGCAUUGAAAGAUAUAGCUACUUUUGCCACAUUAGUAUCAACUUAUGAUACAGGAUUUCAAUUAAUCUUGGAGCCUUUUGAAACUGAAGGCUCUACUGUACCGAAUCCAAUAUUGCAUUUCACCUGCCUAGAUGCAUCGAUUGCCAUCAAGCCUGUGUUUGAACGGUUUUCAUCAGUUAUUAUUACUUCAGGUACUAUCUCCCCAUUGGAUAUGUACCCAAAGAUGCUUAAUUUCCAAACGGUCAUUCAAGAAUCUUAUACGAUGACGUUAGCCAGAAGGUCUUUUUUGCCAAUGAUUGUAACAAAAGGAUCAGAUCAAGUAUCAAUAUCUUCAAGAUUUGAAAUAAGGAAUGAUCCUUCUGUCGUUAGGAACUACGGUUCUCUAUUAAUUGAAUUUGCCAAAAUCGUUCCGGAUGGAAUGGUUGUUUUCUUUCCUUCGUAUUUAUACAUGGAAUCCAUUAUUUCGAUGUGGCAAAAUAUGGGUGUAUUAGAUGAAGUUUGGAAAUACAAAUUAAUCCUCGUAGAAACACCUGACGCACAAGAGACGUCCUUAGCGUUGGAGACUUAUAGAAAGGCAUGUUCUAAUGGAAGGGGUGCUAUAUUAUUGUCAGUCGCUCGUGGAAAGGUUUCUGAAGGGAUUGAUUUUGACCAUCAUUAUGGUAGAACAGUUUUGAUGAUUGGUAUUCCAUUUCAAUACACGGAAUCUAGAAUUUUGAAGGCACGUUUGGAGUUCUUAAGAGAUCAUUAUCAAAUUAGAGAAAACGAUUUCUUGUCGUUCGACGCAAUGAGACAUGCAGCCCAGUGUCUAGGUAGAGUCUUGAGAGGUAAAGAUGAUUAUGGUAUUAUGGUCUUAGCUGAUAGAAGAUUUUCACGGAAGAAAAACCAACUACCUAAGUGGAUUGCUCAAGCAUUGAAUGAUUCAGAUACGAACUUAUCCACUGAUAUGGCUUUAGCUAAUGCUAAGAAAUUUUUAAGAAGCUUAGCACAACCUACUAAUCCUAAGGACCAGGAAGGUGUGUCUGUUUGGAACUUGGACCAGUUAGAGAAAUUCCAGAGAGAACAUCAGCAUCAAAUAAAUGGUGCCCAUGAGAAGGCUAAAGAAGAGAAUGGAAAAAAUAAUGAUGAUGAUGAUGAUGAUGCUUUCAUGGAUAUAGAUGAUGAUGACUUAGCUUUACUUUAA